CGUUGACGUUAACCGAGGCGUGUACGUGUUUUGAGUUUUUCAGCGCGUUUCCAACUCGCUGGAGGCUACUGAUAUUGAACUGCCAGUUUAAUAAUGGAAAAUAAUACGAAUGUCAGUUUGAUGAUCAUGUAUGAGGACGAGUCUGUGGAUGUUCGUUUCGUAAACGGAUCCCAGUUACAGCUGUCGCCGUGUGGCUGUGAAUUCAUGCUGGUGAAAGCCAAAGAGCCCUCCGGACAUCCUCUGCAGCUCCCUGAGAGAGUCCGACAGAGGACACGGUUCACCAUCAGCGCAUACAGGGAGUUGUUGGUGGCUGCAUUGGCGUUUAGGAAUAAAUAUGCUAGCCGACCGUAUCUGCCACAGGAACUCAUCCCUGCUGACCACAAAAAGCCUUUCUUCAGCAUUGACUCGGGUUUGCAGUGGCCAGAAUGUUCUUCCUGUGAGGCUAAGUUCGGACCCGGAGGCGAGACCAUCAUCAGGUCGGAGGAGGGACAAGCUACGUUGGUACUGUCGCCCUCAGGUGAAGAAUUCUCCGUUGAGUUCACAUGCAGCCUCAGUCCGACUCAGAGUCAGCACCACACCAUGCAGUGUUUCAGCAGAGAGCCUGACAGCAGCCUAGGCGGUCAACAGAAGGGAAGCAGUCAGACCACCAGUGAGUCUAAAACGGUCCAUCAGGGAAGAGAAAUCAGAAGGAAUGAGCCCAUUAGAUCAAGGUCUUCUUCUCCUCUGACUAUCAGCACUAUUCAACCAAAGUCAGAGGAGGCUGUUGACUCCAUAUGGCGCUACCCUCUCUCCUUGGCUCGCAAUAAGUGGAUGACUCAUCGGUUUGGAUCCAAAGAUGUUGGAGCGGAGGGAACCAGUGAUUACAGCCAGGCUGACGGGAAGACAACCGUGUCGGACAUAUCCAGUGAAGACAGGAGGUCCUGCCUUCCUCCGGUGCUCCCUCUCACAUGUCCAUCACCUCACUGGCAUAGGUGGAAGAUUAAAGACUCCCUGGCCAAAAAUGAAGAUCCAGACCAAGAUCUUCCAGAGCUGGUGAAAGUGAUGUGGUGUCAAGGAGUCACCUACAGGAUACUGAGUGGAGCUGUCCCGGUCAUAGAGGUCUCCCCGGGAGAUGGAUCAGUGAUCCGGUCUAAUGGAGUCCUUAACACUUAUUUUACCCAUUACAAACCUGAGCACCAAUCAGGGCAGGUGAAGGAGUUAACAUACCAUUUGAAUAGCCUUCCACCUGAUGUACUCGGGCAGGUCUACUCUAUAUGCUCUAUUGUGAGCCGUGCAGGCAGGAUUCUCAGUUGCUACAACCAAGCCAAGCAGUCACUGAAGUUCCCCACCACACCCAGCUGCUUGCAAGAGGACAGACAUUUUUCAAAACCAGUUUUUCUUGAAGAAAAUCUGUCAAAUCCUGUACCUGUAGAGCAGCACCUGAAUAUCAUACAUACAGCAGAAAGCCAGUCAGACCUUAUAGCUGCAGAACUGGAGAAGAUAAAACGGUUCAGUUUUCUUCUGGAGAGCAGCCACCUGCUAAGAAGUGAAAAAGGAUGUGCAGAACCACAAGGUAGCUCUACAGAAGAAGGGACUCAUGAGUCAGUGAAUGAGAGCAGUGUGGAGGAAGCUCUGCAGAGGACAUCCGAGGCCAUACAGGACAUUGAUGCUUUCAUUUCUGCAAUCGCGCUGACUUAAAUGAGAAAAGUAGCAGAAGAAAUCCAUGCACUUUCACACAUGCACACACAUUCCCCUUUGAAUUGAAUGGGAAAGUGUCCAAAGUUUCGACUGGCAGUGUAAAACUCUUUUACCGCUAUGUACAGACACUCUAAUAAAGUUUCAUAGACUUUGUCAGUUUAUUUAAACUGGUCAGACACAGUUUCUUCCUGUUAAGAUCAGAGAUAAGAGUUUGAGGCAAAUAAUACCUUUUCGUCAUGACAUUUUGCACAAACUGUGGUUAUAAUGGAAAAGGUGUGAAUGAAAUUUAAAAUUAGACAAGGACAUUUUCUGCAAAAUGUGUAUGCAUGCUGAUGGCUGAAGAAGUGCCCUGAUAAUGUCGAAAUGGCUGAAAUCCACUGCUGAAACAGCUGAAGGCUGUGUUGAAAUGCUGAAUAAUUAUGGAAGCUGAAAAGAAAAGCUGAGCUUAAUUUUUAAAACUUAAAUGAGCUUGUAUGCAAUGUUCACAUCCUGUUCGCUUCAGGUCAGACCUUCUGUGUGACAUAAAGCUCAGUUAAGUGCAUGAGUGGUAUAGGUCACUACUCAAAGAAGCUGUGUUCAUAUACCUCAGGUGCAACAUGUAGAUCAGGGCCGUGUUUACAACCCAGAAAGGGUUAGAAAUGUCUUAUUUU